CAUACUGAAGACUUGUAGUGUCUGUUGUAUCACUCCAAGCUGUCAACAAAGCUUUAAGGAAACAGAACAAUUACAUGGCCUAAAACUUUAUAAAAGAUGACAUAUGGUAGAAGAUUUGUUUUAUUUGAUUGAUAUUCUGUCAAGAUUUGGCCAAUAGGACUUGUCAUCCCUGCUGUGUUAUGUGGCAUAUUUAGAGAUCAAGAGGUGAUGAAAUUGACUAUGUGAUGCUUUUAGAUGGGCAUAAGGCACAGGGGGUGAGGAAUUUAUUUUGUCAAGUUUUGUCCACUUAGACACAUCAUUCCCACUGUGUUAAGGAUCUCAGGAAGUACAAGCUAUUCACAUGAUGUUUUUCAUCAGGAUUCUUCUAUCUCUAUAUAUAGGAAAGGGAACACUGAGAUACUAUACCAGGAGAUAUUUAUGGAAAUUAAUUGCAGCUUUUACAUGCAGCAGUGGUGCUUGAGAUGGACAUAGUGACAAGUAAAGUUCAGCAGAAGACAUCAGCAUAGAGGACUCGGUCUGUUCAGUCACUACCAUGGCUGCAGAGGUAGCCGAUCUCACCUCUCCUUUGGAAAGUUUAUCUCUAGCUGGGACAAAUGAUAGCCCUACGGACAGUCCACAUAGUUACAGUUUUUCUAGUUCACAUUCACCAAGCCAGAGUUCUAGAUCAAGCCACAGGGAUAGUGAUAAAAGUAGCGGACUUGGUUUAACAUUGAGGACUCUCAGUCAGGAUUAUGCUGAUCCAGAAAACAGUGAAGUGUUUCGCGAUGCACCAAGUGGUUAUGAAACUAUGGACACCCGCAUUUCUGAUGAGGCCAUUUAUCCAGAAAGAUUUCAUCGUUUGGCAGAACUGGAACAUGUACCGUGGACAGACAGGGAUGUGUUGAUUGUCUUACAGCAGGGGCGAACAAAAGAACUGAGUGGAAAUAUUUCCUUGGAAUUGUUACAAAGACUAUCAUAUCUCUUGCAGAGACCUUUAGUACGACUUGCUAAUGAAACCCAAAGACUUUGCCAAGCAUUGUGCAAAUGCACCAAACAUGAAAUAAUAGCAGCAAUCAAAAUUCUUCUAUCAAAAUCUCUAGGAGACAGUUGUAUCAAUGCUUGUUAUAAAGCUGGGACUUUGUAUGCAAUGAGCACCAACAAUUUUAAACAAAGUAAAAGUGCCCAAUGUGGACUUCACUUUUCAAUUGGACGUUUUCAUCGAUGGAUGAUAGAUUCACAAAUUGCUCUCAGAGUGCAGGAAAUGGCAGCAGUCUAUCUUGCUGCAUGCUUAGAAAAUUUGCUGGAAGAAAUACUGUUAUUGGCUGUCGGGAGAGAUCAAUUAGGUGGUUUGAUCCUUGGGGCUAGUGCACUAGAUUAUGGAAUAUCCAAUGUCCCUGAGCUUUGGGGUUUGGUUCAACCCUGGGAGCAUCUUAUCUGUGGAAGAAACUCAACAGGAAUGAUUUCUCUUCCAAGCACGCUGAGCAUGGCCAGUCUGUUAUCCGGCAGUAGUGGUGACUCGACUGGAAGGCGCACACGGGGACAGAUGCGUGCAGAUAGCGUCAUGGCAAAAACAUUAGAACAGAGCUUGCUAGCAACCUGUGUAGGGACGCUGACAGAGUUAGGUGAUCUUGUUAGUCAGAGCAUGCACUAUUGGUACAACAAGUCUUCAGCCCAUAGUAAACCUCAGCACAUGGUGACAUGGGGGCCAUCAGCCUUGCAUACUCUUUAUUACUACAUGCGCUGUAGUCAGCUUGAGCAUGCUGAUAACCCUGAUUUGACACCUCCAUCUAUUCAUCUGUGUGCAGAAAGACCCUACUACCACCAGCCACCACUGUUAGAAUGGAUACGAGUUGCCACUGCCCAUGCUGAAUACAGACUCAGCUAUGUUGUGGAUGCUGAUGAUGUUAGGCAAGCUGGAAGGUUACUUCUACCUGAUGUGGACUGUCCACCAAGACAAUUUGGAACGGAUGAAUCUCUCUGUACCUCGCGACACCUGGAUGCUCAGACAUGUGCUACGCGAUUUUUGGAAGACACAGCAUUCCGGAUGCUUGCGUGUGGACGUUCAGACUUGGUACCGCAGGCACUGGCACUAUUAGGGGGAAAUAAAGUUAAUUCAUACAGUCAACAGGGGCUGACACCAUUGAUGUAUGCGUGCAUGCGAGGAGAUGAAGCUAUGGUACACAUAUUGCUCGACGCUGGUGCAGCAUUGGAUGUUACUGUCCCAAAUGAUGUUCAGAGGUACCCUUGUGUUCAUCCGGAGGUCCGCCAGUGGACUGCAUUACAUUUUGCUGUGGUUCAUGGACACUUUGCUGUAGUACAGCUUCUGCUGGACAGAGGUGCUGAUGUGGAGGGUAAAGUAACAACAGAAGAGGAUAACUUUGUUGAAACUCCUCUACAGCUUGCUGCAGCUGCAGGCCAUUAUGAGCUGGUGAAUUUAAUGCUGAUUCAUGGUGCUGACCCAUUUCUCCCAACUUACCAGAAAUCAGAACUUUCUUUCAAGGACUCAACGCAAGGGAGCUAUAAUGAUGCCUUUACAAUGGCUGCUAGCCAUGGGCACAUGAAUGUGUUAUCUCGGUUACUCACAUCUCCUUUCAAGCCACAAACAUCAGAUAUUCUGUCCUUGGAAGAAAUCUUGGCGGAAGGAACCAUGCCAAACACUAAUCACUGUGACAAUAGACACAUUGACCGUAUUCAAAGCCAUUCAGAGCAGACAUUUAUCAAUCCCAUGACAGAAAACAUAUAUAUGUGCAUAGAUGAAGUCAUAUACGAGGAUGUCAAGUUAAACAACAAUUGUAGCAACAAGAAAACCAAUACUUCACUAGGCAAAUUUCAGCUGCGCUCUUUUCAGGAGUCCAUGUAUAAUGGAGCUGAAAAUGGCUAUCUGGACAUUGCUAUGGAACUGCGCGGAAUGGGUGUCCCAUGGACAAUUCACACUUGGACACAAAGUAUCUACACUGCACAUGCUACAAGAAGGAAGGCCAUUGUACAGUGUCUGGUCAAUGAUUUCAGCAGCAUCCGAUAUGAAGAAAACAAAGAAGAAUUUCUGGAGGAAACACUUCCCUUGAUGUUUGAUAUCUUUAGAAGUAGUAAGAAUGAUGUGUCAAGUGAAGAACUGGCCCGUAUCUUCUCAAAUAUGUAUGGGAAAGCUCCAUUGCCAAUUAUACAGGAACUGAGGCCUGCUACUCCAACACAAAUUGAUUCAAGGUACAUCAAUAAUCCAGAGAUGUCAGAUAUAAAGUUCAUGAUAGACAACAAACCAUUCUACGCACACAAGAUCAUUCUGGCUAACGCAUCCAACAGGUUCAAGACCAUGAUGAUGUCCAGCAAAAAGGGUGCCGAUGGUGGUCCAGCAAUAAUUGAGAUUAAUGAUAUUAGUUAUCAUAUAUUUGAGCUUGUGAUGCAGUACUUGUAUAAUGGUGGCAGUGUAGGGUGUCUCAAAGUUAAUGCCAAGGAUGUUUUUGAGCUGUUGGGUGCUGCAAACUUCUUCCUACUGGAGGGUCUUCAGCGACACUGUGAGGUCCUUAUGUCACAUAGACUGAGUGUAGACAACUGUUGUGCCAUAUACAAACAUGCCAAACUUUUUUCUGCUCAUGAACUUGUGAAGUACUGUGAAGGUUACAUCCUCCAAAAUAUGGCACAGCUUCUAAAAUCCAACGAGAGUUUCCGGAAGCUGAUUCACAGCCAGAAGACUGAGGGGCAGGAAGUUCACAAUGGUCUUCUUGCAACGAUAACAAGAAGACUUGAGGCAAAACUUAGCAUGUCUAAAAGUAGUAAGGUGUGAAAUUCAUAAUAAUGAAAUUUUCAACUAUACUAUAAGCAAAUGCUACUGGACACAAGUUGAAUCUCUGAACAAAUUAUAUUUUAUCCAGAAUUUGAGAAAAAGUACACCAUUGUGUAAAUUAGUACAAUUGCCAAGUGCCAAAUAGGUUCAUAAACAAGUAGACAUCCACGUGUGCUGAAGGGUUGGAUACACCUGUAAGCUAGUGUUACCCCAAAAGGUUCAAGUAUUUUAUUAUUAUCUAUGAAAUUACGUACAGUUGUUGAUAUGAGAUACAAGCUUACCGGUUGAAAAAUAAUGCAUGAUAUACAUGGUGAUGGUAUAUAACUUUUACCCUCCUUGUUAACUUGUUAAAUAUACAUUACUUAUAAACACUUGUUAAGUUUUAUGUAAAUUAUAUUCUUCACUACAACAAAUAUAUCCAAGUGUCACUAUAUUCUUUUUUUUUUUUUUGCAAAGACUAUAUAUGAACUCCCAUUGCAAGCUAUAUUCCAGUAAUUAAUGAUAUUGCAUGUAAAAAGGCAGUUUUAUAAAAGUAUUUUGAAUGAGCGUUUUCCUUCCAAACUUAUGUAUGUUACAUUGGAGGCUCCACUGUACAUAGUUUUGUAUGUAAUUGUUUAAGGAUAUCAUAACAAUUUGGCUAGGGGUGCCAUGAGACUUUUUAUCUUGCUCCCCCCCCUCCCCUGGUUGGGAAAAGUUAUGUGUUGAUGAAAAAUUCACCAUGCAGUAAUAGUUAAGGAAGAAAAUUGAGCAAAGAUGAUACAUUGUACCACAGUUAAUUUCGUAAGUCCCACAAUAUCUAGUCAAAGAGCUAUCUUGUUAGCACAUGUAUACAAAUGUAUAGGGGCACUUGUGAUUCUAAUACACGUGCGCGCGUGCACACACAUACACACACACAUAAAGGCAGCACUUUUACACAUUCUGCAUUUUUGUUGUAAAAGGUGCCAGUAACAAUAUGGAACAAUAUAUUGUUAUCUUGUUGCCCAUUCUCUUAGUUGUACAUGCAUGCACGUCUACAUGUAAAGACAGGCAACAUAUUGUAUAAAACUUAGUAAAUUGUUUUAGUAUCUGUUAAACAUACAUGACCAGUACUCUAGCCAAAUGUAAGGAAUAAUAUUUCUUAUAAUUGAGAAUGGACCAGAAAAUGCAGCAAGAUACUUGUUUAAGCUUAAUGCAUUGAAUGGUAUUACUUGGGCCUUUACAAAGCAAGCAUAUAUAGUUUGGUGUAC